ACAGUACAGGGGAUGACCAGGACUGCGGACAGUACAGGGGAUGACCAGAGACUGCGGACACAGUACAGGGAUGACCAGAGACUGCGGACACAGUACAGGGAUGACCAGAGACUGCGGACACAGUACAGGGAUGACCAGAGACUGCGGACACGGUACAGGGAUGACCAGAGACUGCGGACAAGGUACAGGGAUGACCAGAGACUGCGGACAAGGUACAGGGAUGACCAGAGACUGCGGACAGUACAGGGAUGACCAGAGACUGCGGACAGUACAGGAGAUGACCAGAGACUGCGGAAAG